AAAUUUAAUUUUAAUUCCAGCUAUUAAAUAAUUAAAUAAUAAUGAUUUCAAUGUUUUGUAACUCUAAGCCGAAUCGGUAAUACUGAGAAUGAUAUUAAAGUGAUAAUAAGAUUUAGAUAGAGAUUUUGAAUUUGGAGUGACUUACAGUUAUAGUUAUAAUUGACAAAGAAUGAUUAGUCAUGGAGGAAUAUUUGACUUUGAUUCUUAAAGAAAAUCGUUUAGAAGUGAACAAAGAAAAACUUGCAAGUAAGAGUUGCUAUUUUGCAUCUCUUUUCUCUCAUAAUUUUAAUGAUUCUCAUAACAAGGAACAUGUUAUUAAUUAUGACAUUGCUUUAUAUACUUUACAGAAUUUUGUCGAAUGGAUCCAUAAUGAGCAACGUGUAGAUAUUUAUUAUCAUUCCAUAAAAGUGUCUAUGACAAAGUUUUUACAAAAUAAUUUUAUAGAAUUAUUGAAUUUAUUACAGUUGAGUGUAUUAUUUAUCGUUGAUGAAUUAAUAAAUGAUAUUAUAGAAAUUAUAGUUUUAUGUUGGUUAUUACCAGAGAAAGUAAUUGAUAUAUGGUUAUUAGCACAAGAGUUGAACAUAAAACCAUUACGAGACAUUUGUCUGUCUGUUUGUUUAGACCGUUUCAAGGAGCUUCCUUUAUCUAUGCUUAUUGAAUUAACUACAGAUAAUAUUAGUCAGUUAAUACGAAAUAUUAAUGUGAGAUCUAGUAAAAAUUAUUUGUAUUUUGUACGAAACAAAUGGAUGAAACAUCACACGAUAUCUGAUACCAUAGAUAUUAAAGAAGAAAGGGAAUACAAGUUUAUAAAGGGUACAGUUGUUUGUGAGAGAGAUGAUAACAAUGAUAACAAAAUUGCAAAUUUGUAUAUUUGGGACAAUAAUAUUUUAUGUAAAUCCAUACAAUUAAAAAGUAUUCAAUAUCCAGAGAAAUGGAUAAAUGGAAUGCAAGUUAUUAGUAGAGGUUUCAGUGUAUAUACAAUUGGUGGAGAAGUAGGUUUAGAAGGUGGACAAUUUAACGAAAUUAUUUCACGUUAUUGCCUUUUAUCUAAAAAAUGGUAUUAUCAAGCAGAAUUGCCAAAUCCAAGGAGACAUAUGAUUGCUGUAUUUAUAAGCAACAAAUUGAUUAUAGUAGGUGGUGUGGGAAAGCAUAGGGUGAAGUUACGUUCAGUUGAUAUUCUUGAUAUUCACACAGGUGAAUGGAAAGAAGGCGCAUAUGUCCCUGAAUGUUUUACAGAGGUUCCUCCUCAUUGUGUUUUAAAUGGAAGAUUAUUUUUUUUAAAAUCAACACUCUAUAUUUAUUAUCCUGAAAAUAAUUAUUGGCGUAUCGUUAAGGGUUUGUACAAUAAUCCUAAUUUGCAAAGAGUAAAUGCACUUCUUACAUAUGAUUCAACGUUAUUUUUGAUCGAUGUGGCGAUUCUUCUAAGAAUCGAUAUUACGAGAAGAAAUUCUAUUUGUAAAAAAGAAGAAUGUUUAAAAGGACGCGUUGAUCAUACUUUAUUAAGUUUUGUCAUAUACAAAGAUCGUUGGUGCGAGUUAAGAUACGUAGAGAUUGAUCUAACUGGUAUAAUGAUAUUAAAUGUUUCUGAAGACAAUAAUCAAUUUUUGCACACAGAGAUAAAAAUGGGCCUCGAAGAUUCUAUUUCUCCCAUGAUGAACUGUUUUAAUAUCAUAGAUCCCCAUACUUUAUACGACACUGUUUAAUAAGAAUUUUUUGUACUUGAAUAUGAUGUUCAAUUAUAAUUUUAUGAAUUAUAGUAUACUAAUGAUAAAAGGAAAAUAAAAAAAAUCAAAUCAAGUU